GUAGCAGGGAUACAAUCAAAGGCGGAGCAGCGAGCGUGGCUUCAUCCUCUCGCACACGCGCAACAUGGACACCACUCACGCGCAUGUCUGAACAGUUAGCUAUCCCACAGUCGAAGCAGUAAAAUAGUAACUGAGGGACACCGGUUAGUCACCCCCUCUGAGUGAACAAAAUUAUCACUGGCGCAGAGGUACGACAUAUUCAAGACUUGUGAAAACUGUCAUUUGGUCGUGCAUGUCACUGAGAGCCUGACGUUUCUCUUAAAUGGCUGCCUCUGGCUCCUCCACCACAGUGCCUGAAGGAUUUCACUAUGAGACCAAGUAUGUCAUUCUCAGCUACCUCAGCCUGCUCCCACCAUCAAGAUCAAGACCCUCAGAGACAGCGGAGGGAGAGAGGCAUUCUACACAGGAAGUGGAAAGAGAGCGGAAUAGCAGCCUGAAGAAACAGAUUGAGAAUGAGAUGAAGCAGCUGGAAGAGGAAAUUGCGGCCUCUUUUUCCAGGACUGGUUUUGAUCAGCACACAUCCCCUGUGUUCAGUCCAGCCAAUCCAGAGAGCUCCAUAGAGGACAGUCUGGCAGUGCUGGGGGACCGUAUCUCUCGGGACCUGGACAUACACCUGUCCUCCGCCACUCACACGCUUCUGUGCAGUGAUUUGAGCUUUGAGCACUUCAGAGCAGCGGUGGAGGAGGUGUCCUCUCACGCUCAAGGAGGAUGGAGCAAGGUGUUGGUACCCUUAGUAUUGUUACAGACCCUGCAGACUGAGGGGCAGCCGCUGGAAACUCUGCUACAUUAUGGUUUGCAAUACCUUGAGGAAUCACUAGCAGACUUCAUCAUUAUGCAGGGAGGAUGGAGCACUGUGUUCAGCCUGGAUGAAGCUGAGGACCCGGGUGUGAUCAUAGCUGAGGACAGUAACGACAUCUACAUCUUGUCAGGUGAACAGGCCUCAGAUCAGCUAAGCCCUCCUGCUUCACUACUGACUCUUGGAGAUAGUAGUGGGCCGGCUUCCUGGCAGACAGAGAGUCUUCCUGUGUCUCUGACAGGACACGAGUCUUGGGCGCAGGUGGGUAUGAUGGACCCAGAAGAUGUCAAGAGUUUGGACAGCGCCGAAGGAGUGGCGUUAGCUGAAGAGCAAAGCGAGAACAACUCCUCAAACUCUGACAUUGUCCAUGUGGAGCGUGAAGACGCUGAACUGCUUGAAGAAGGUGGGGAGACGGUGGAGGAAGGAGAGCUGCAGAGUAGCGUACUCAGCGUACUGGGCAGCGAAAGCGAACUCGCUGCAGUCCGAGAAGAAGCGUCAAACGCAGAGCCGACACCAACUGCACCAGAGCCAAUUGUGGAACCGAUAGUGAUGGAGAUCCCUCCACCUCCAGCCUCAGUAGAGCAAGAGACCACCCAUGCCGCUGCUACCGCCUCAUUGCCCGUGCCUGAGCCUGAACUUCAAUCUCAGCCUGUUCCAGCUCCUGUGGAGCCACAGUCAUCAUCCCCACCCGAUCUAGAACCAGAAGCAAUCCUGGAGCAAGAGAUACUACCAGAGGUUGGGCUGAAGGCCAUGUCCCCGGCCUACGACUUCCCUGUCCCGGCCCCUUCUGAGGUUCUGCAGACAAAGACAGAGCCACAACCCAAGUCCACUGACCUCCCUGUGCUGCUAUACAGCGGUGCUGCCCUGGUGGCCAUUGCUGCAGUAUUGGCCUUUGGAGCGCUGGCCUACAGGAAGAAGUAGAAAGUCUGUGAAUGUCCACUGUAUCUCUUGCCCUAAUGGAGCCCUGUGGCUCACCGUGCCGCCACAAGCUGCACUUUAUGGGAAAAGUACUCCUCUGAUGUGUCAUACCAUUUUGUUUUCUGUUCUCCUUGCAUUAAUUUGUUGGUUAAGUUCUUUAAACCAGCUUUAUGACUGGACGGGAACUUGCAGGUGUAAAUUCAGGUUUCUUUUGUGCUGUACUCGUGAACAUGGUAGUUAUCCGUUCAUUAGGCUGUGACCUAGGUUUUGCCUGGUUCCUUCAGAUCUAUAGAAAGUUCGUUUUUGUUAGUUAAGCAUGUUUAUUCUAAUAUAUAGUUGAUUUAAUGACCUUAAGUUGGAUUUUAAAGCACUAGCUCGUGUGAGUGCAUGAUUAUGAUUUUAUCUUAUUAAAUAUUAAAUCGCAAACCUUUAAGGGCCGCGCCCUUUAGAUGGAUUGUGUGAUACUCUUCUAAAAUAUAUGAAUAUUUGCACAAGAUUACUCACGAUAAUCAAAAAGCAAAGUCUUCACGCAUCCUUGAUUCCUUUACACAUCAUUUGGGCAUUCAUAUUAACCAUCGUUAGUGUAAAAUUAGAAUAAAUUGGGCCUGAUAAGGCUUGCAUGAAUGCUUUUGUUUGAAUUCCCCCUUUUAAACUAAAAGUAGAAUCCUAGGUCACAGCCUGAAAUGGGAAACCCCUCCACUUUGUCCGUUACAUUUUGUUUAGGGAUUGUCAUUGUCAGUUUGCUUUAACGUGAACAUUUGUUCAUUAAGGAACUAAAACAUGUUUCUUUAGGGCUCAUGUGAAAAUUCUACACCAGCACAGUCAAUUUUGAGUUGACUGAAUUUAUCUCAGCAUCAGGAAUCUGAAGAUAAUGCUACACGAGAGAAGUCAUAUUUAGUUUUCUAAUAUGAUGUUUCCAAGAAUGCAUUUUGUAAUUAAAUGUUCCUAAUUCUGGGUCAGAAACAAUUUCAAUAAAAUCUUUUUGUGAAAUAUUGAUAUGACAAUAUGAUGAAACAUUACACAGGUGGUUUAAUCUUAAACCAACAUGUUCCAGAAACAUCCAAAUGGAUUUUGUAAUUCUAGAGUAAAAAAAUGAUUUGCUGUGUUAGAUAACAUUAAUGGUAGGGUAGGCAAUUUCGGAAAGGCUACAAAUAGCAAGCAAGCUUUUAAAGCAUCAGAGCGUUCUCCAAAGCCACGCCUCCUCCAGAACACAUGAACACGCACAGCCAGAGCAGAGUCUGCAAAGCGCCACAAGAGACGCCGUUAAAUUACCUCAUGUCUGAAGUACAUAUUACAAUAACAAGGAACGUAAACAACUUGCAGAACUCUAGUUGUACCACCUGACUGCUGCAGAUUCAUUUCGUCGUUGAUAGUGUUGACAAAGAAAUGCAUAAAUCCGAGUCCGAGGACGUGAAUGUUAAGUUGACGUGAAGUUAUGGUGUGAAUGCUAGUUAUUUUGGUUCAGGAGGAGCUGUAAAUGGCGGCUGCUGUUUGUGGUGCUCGGUGACUUGUCUGUCUACAACUCUGCAUAGACUCAUGAAACAUGCGCGAGCGAAUGCAAUGAUUGGACAAACAUUUUUUGUUGGUCCUGAGACUUUCACAGAAGAUAUAUGUAUAUUUUUAAAUAUUUGGACUACUUCUAUUAUCGAUUGCUAUCAGGGUGUGAAGAGAGUUUCAACCAGUAUAAUAAAAUGUGUUUAAGAAAAACAUUGCCUACCCUACCUUUAACUGUGUUGCUCAAAUCAAGUGCUGACUUCAGGUUUGGGGGACCAGAAUGUCUCUUAAAUGUCUUCUGAACCACACAAUUGAGUCAUCAGUCCUGUUUUUCUUUGUCUCCUCACACAAAGUAUUGUCUGUCUUCAGCCUCUGAUUUACACCUGGCCUGUAUCUUGUGCUGUUGUUUGAUUUUUAAAAGCUGAAAAGGCCUGCACGGCACAGCCUUGUGACCCCCCUUUCCCUGUUGUGUGCCUAUCCAAUAGAGACCUUUGUCAAAACAAAAAAACAUAAGUCACAUCUACAGGCAGACACCUGUUGUGUCAGUGGUUGGCAACCACGUCAGAGAAAAAAAAAAAGUGCUAUUUUUUUUGCAAGUGAGGUUUUUUUGUAUCAUAGAUGGACAAAAGCUGUGAAAUAAAACUUCAAUCAAGGGUGAA